CUGCUGGGGUGUCGGGACUGGUAGGGGUCUAGGACGGAGGGCUCAAUGCUAAGCUGUGUGAGCUCUAGCGACUGCCUGACUUUGCUGAUGCUGCUGGCUUGCAUGCCUCUGUUCCUCUCUGCUGUCUCUAUGGGUAAGGCAAUAGAAACGUACACGGGUGUCUGCGAAAGUCAGCACGUGUCUUGGACACUGUGACGCAGGCCUCAGACUGGGGGGUGGAAGCACACACGGUCCCAUCUGGCGAGGGGAGGGAGGGCAAGUAGCUUUCCCCGGGGCAGUGCUAAGGAUGCCUCCUGUUCCUGGCCUUCUGACUCUGCUUUCCAUCUGAACACUGUAGGUAUGACUAGCCUACAGUGCACUAACUCCUAGGCUUUGCCUCCACUGGAGAGACUGGGUGCGCUGACCAUGGUGCAGCUCUCCUGGCAUGGCAGUAGCACACCCCGUGUCCACGCACACGCUGUCCCCAACAGCAUCUGGGCACCGCAGCUGUCGUCUGGAUUAGAUCUGCUUUGAGCACAGGGUCUCCAGCCUGCUGGCAUCCUUCAGCAGGGCCAGUGUAGAUGGAGAUGUAAUGCAAGAGCUCUGAUAACGUGAACAGGAGCUCCACACUGCUUAGGCCUGUGUCUGCACUUUGCUGUAUGGGGGCCAAGGUGUCCAGGAGCUAGGAACUCCUGCAGUAGCACUGCACACAUUAAGGAGUUCAGCUGUGCACUAUUUCCACAGCAAACAUCAUCUUCUGUGUCUGAAAACACAAAUGAUUCUAUCACCAGCUUGUCUCGGAGGAGACCAUCUGAUAAACAUGCUGCCAGCUGGCGUGAGACCGACAUAUGGCUCUGGUAGCCACCUGGGGAGAGGUCUGGGACCAGUUGAACCCUUUCACAUGCAUUACACUAGCCUAAAGCCAGAUAUCCAAGUACCAGUGUGAGAGAAGCAUCGUCCGGAGCAGCAGGCAGCGCUACAAGAGCACGAAGGAGUGGAAUGGGCUGUACAGAGCCCAGGGCGAUACUGGUCUCGGGUGCAGAGUAGAAACCUUACCUGUCUCAAUAUUCAGCAAAUGACGGACUCGCCAGCCAAGCAUCUGAAGAAUGCAGGACUGCUGUGGAGGGCAGCAUGAGAGUGGAGAGCACCAGCUCACAGACGGUGUGAACCAGCAGGACGCAGUCAGGCUUGUUACUGCAAUCUCUUCUCAGGGAAAAAUGGUUUGUGAGGAGGAGCUGGGACAGCAGGUACGCGGCCUUUUAUGUGAUACCUACCACGACAGUGUGACCUUGCAAGCUGGGGGCUGGGAGUUCUCCAAAGUUCCUCGGAGUACCACCGUUCAACUGGCAGAGCCGCAAGACGGCAGAAGUGUCUGCUUCUGCACCUGCUGGGCCAGUCCACAUUCCCUUCUCCAUCAGCCUCUGGAUAAGUGACAGCUGCAAGUCCGUCCCCAGCCUGCCUGGUUCAGUCCCCCGUUGUCUCCGGGCUCACCCAUCUCCCUCCUUAACCCUGCAUUUUCAACCAUAUGGCCUGCUGUGCCCAAUUAGCACAGACCUACUUUAAUUGGCAAGCACUGCCACAGAUGAGCAGCCUUAGUGGCUACACUCAGGUGGCUGGAAAAUGGGGGGAAAAAUUCAAACCAUCACAGAAACCACAAGACAAAUGAGCAUGACUGCAAGUCAUCACCUUGUGUGCUAUGGCCAAUGCAUCCACAUGUGACUGCAUCUAGUGCCCCAUUACAGGUCGGCAGCCACUAAUUCAAAAAUCGCUUUUAACAUACUUCAUUUUGUUUUGCAUUUAAUGCAUGAAAUACAAUUGUACAUAGAAAAGAAGUGCACAGCUCAUGCAAACUCUAAUACCAGGACAGGAUGGCCACGCACUGCCUCCUCCAUGCUGACUCAGAAUAUGUGGUGCAGGUGUAUUCCUCUUACAGAUUAAAACCAAAUUGUUCAGUUUAGCUGUUACUUUUCCCCAGUUGUCAGGAUUUAUAUAGGAACAUCUUCCCAUACAAGCAAUCCUCCUAACAUCAAUCUUUAUGGCUGCCCUAAUUACUUCCACCUAUGCAGAAGACCACCACUACCUCCCCUACAGACUCCCCUGUUCUUAUCCAAACCCACAGCUCUGCUGCAGGAGUCAGUCUUUUCCUUCUUCCCUCACUCAGCUGCUUUUGUCUUUCUUGCUGGGACUCUGCAAAAUGGUGUGCUCAGGGUGUCUGCAAUAAGUUCCACUUGCCAACUUCCUAGUCCCAUUUGCCUGAUGCCGUCAUCACAUGAACUCUCCAUGCACGUCUCUUGUUCUUAGACUCUUAAACCACUGUGGACAUCCCAGAAUAGGCACAAAGGCAGUGGAUUGGAACCACAAUGGUGGAAAGCCUUGCAAAUUUCAGGUCCAGGAAAAGGAAAUGCAGAAGCCCUAUGUGAAGAGCGACUCCAAACACUUGUCCUACAAGGGAAUAAAGUGCUCGUCUUUGAGAGACCUGUCAGGUUCAGCAGGAAGGCAGGGGAACCUUGCUGGCCUUUUUCCCAGAAGCAGCAAGAGCUGCGUCCUGCAUUUGCAUGGAUCAGAGAGAUGACGACUCUGGAAAAGAAUUGUUGCCUGCCGCAUCCAUUCUCCACCUGGUUCUGGCUGCUGCACGUCCCUCCUGCACAGUCCCAGAGGCUGCCCCUACUCUCGUCUGUCCUGCUCCUUCACAAGAUUGUGGAAAGAGGAACCCAAGGGAAGAGGCUUUUUCAUGAAGUUUCUCUGUCUCUAGCUGUCUGUAAUUCAAGCAUGGCUGCUGGGUUUGGCAGUGCGGUUAGCUGUGUUUAAUAAAGAAACUUCUGGAGGAGGGUCUGCCAUUGCAGCAUCAUGCAUGCUGUCCUCCCCUGACACUGCUCCCUUUCCAAAGGGAAGUAAACAUCACCGAAGCAGGAGAGGUGUAAAUGCACAAACAGUGUAACCCUGCCAUUGCCAAUCACAGAAAAGCAGCAGCUGGUUCCUCCAUUACCAACAGUGUACUCUUCUAAACUCCUUAGAGACCAGGCCAGUGGGGUAUGUGGGGAGAAACGUGGUCCCAGGAACACUCAGAGUUGAAACGAAAGAUUCUUCCCUCUAUUCUCAGCUGCAUAUGUUUGCUCUGAACAUGUGCAACCCUAACACACUGCUGGCGUGGGCAGAAUGCCAACAGCAUGCAGCACCAACGUAAGGAACGGCUGUAAGUUGUACUGCCUUCACGCUUCAUUGUUGCCCAGAGGCACCGCCUUGGCUUCACAUGUGUAACAGGGCAGUGGGCAAGCAUCGCUGCCUUGCUCUAUGGCUACCGCCAGUGCUGUUCACAGGAAUUGUGUCCUGUGCUCUGCCCACUCCUGUGAAUUACCAGGCUUUGGAAACCCUGACAUCACACCUUUGUCCAUUCGUUCUGCAUACUUGAUAAGGAACUUGCCACAACAGGCCUCUGAGGCCUGCUUCCCCAGGGACCGUAACCCACCACAGGCUUGGGGGAGGGAGGGAAGAGGACAGCACAGACAUGUGCUUCCCCCAGUAGCUCUAGCACUGUGGAAUCGCUUGCUGAUGCACCCCUGCAGCACACCACAGACCACCUGGUUCCAGAAUGAUUCCCCCUGACUGGCGGUCACUCGGUAGCAGGGUACCAGCAGGUGAUCAGUGUAUUUUCCCUGGGGCUCUUCAUGGUCUGUUGAGAUCAGCAACAGAGGUGCUGAAAUGCUGCAGUACCUGCUGAUUGCCCCAGGCCUCGAGUAACUCGGUUUUGCAAGUCUGAGUUAUCCCGACACACACAAAUGGCUCCAUCCUUUCAGUUGCACUGUGCACAGUUGUCUGCUACUGGGGUGUGUGCGCCUGUGUUGCAAGUUACCCUAGGCACUGCUGCUUUCAGUAGCCAGCACCACCAGAACACCCUCCACCACAUCUUCUAAGACAAGGCCUUUUGGCAUUUGCUUCUGUCCUCUUGACUCCAAAAGCUCCAGUAGAAACCUUUCUUGAUAAAGUGCAUAUCCUGACCUUCCCUCCUGAGAGAAGCAGGAGGGAGCAAUAGUACCCAGAGGUGCUGGGAGCUUCCAGGAUUCUAAUCCAGCCUUUUCUUCCAUAAUCCCCCUGGCAUGUCUGAAGGCCUUCUGCAAUCUCCCACAAGUCACUGUUCCCUGAAGCCAUGCCAGUUGCUCUGGGAUAUGUGCUAGGAGAGGAGCACAAGUACAGAGGUGGAGCAGAAUGGGGACUGAAGCAGUCUGGCUAGCAUGGAGCACCAGACCCAUGGUGCUUACCCUGCUAUAUGCCACAGGGCUGGCUCUCCGUGGGGCAGUUUUCUCAUUGUAUUGGGGCCAGCUGUGCCUCCAAGGUUAAAGCUGAAUUUCCCACUUAAAGCAGAGGUUUGACUUUGUCACAUAUGAACAGUACUUUGUGUCUGCCUCAGUGCUACCGUAUUUGCUCUUUGAAUAACUAUCGCAUUUCCUACCACUUUAUCAGUAAAUCUAUCCAUCAGUUUAAUUUAUUAAGGAUUAUUUCAUUGAUAUUUAGAACUCUACAGCAGACCUUUUUUCUGUCCUGAGUGAUUUCAGCUCAAACUGCAGAUUUUUGGAUCUGGAGCAACGGUAAUUUUUGCAAGUAAAUUUUUACGUCCAAAAUGGUCGGUUUCUUCCCCACUAUCCUUCUAACAGCAAGUCUGGUUGGUUGGCAGAAGCUGCAAAUGUUUCCUUUCAGAGCAAUUCAAGUAGUUCCCAGUGCAUCUUUGCUCAUUGCACUCAUUGAGCCUGAACCUAUACACAGGGCAUCCUUGGCAAGGAUGCCAACUUCCUCUAUUCGCUUUCUCCUCCAGGUCUCCUCUGUCUCAUGUCCAUGUUGGGUGGCACCAACCUCCUGGAGGGCAGCUUGGCUUCACUCCCAUGGAGAACAAAGGAAGGCUUUGAUGAUCCUUGCUAUGGGAAGCCAAUGCCUCAGUCCCACUGAGAGCGAUGGGACAUGGUAACCAUUGUGAACAAGGGCACUUCCUCAGGAGCUUCUCAGAAAAAGCAUUUUUAUACAUCCAGCCUCUGGGGAGGGACCCAUUUCUGUUACGAUGAUAAGGACAAAAAAGCACAACCCAAGAUACUUUUAAAAGAGUCGCACCAGAUCCACUCAACAGUGGUGGGGGGAGGUGCUGACAAACGGGGCAAGAAGAGCUAGAGCAUGCCCUGCACCAGAGGUGCUCAGGCCUGGAGAAGAAAGGGGUGGCCCUCCCAGCAGAGAGGGAGGAUUUAGCAGUGCGUGCAGGGGGUGAGGACAGGGAGGGGAACUGAUGCAUGCUCUGGCAGUGCACGGCAGCUGUAAGCCCAGCAUGACUGGCCAGUGUCAUCUGGUUGCUUUGUGGCUGCAGAACCCACAAAGCACCCAGGGCAUAUGGGCACACCCAGCUCAAUGUGCUGAGUUAAACAAGUAUCACUUGUUAUCUUCAAGUUAUCAGAAAUAGCCACAAGGGCCUGCAUCCUGGGGCCUGCUGUUCUUGAACUCCUUACAUGGCUAAAAUAGCUUUGCAGGUAAAAACCCCUAUGGAGAUGCAGUGGAUGCGGAGAGUGGCUGGCAGUCAUCUGGGGAAUGUAUUUCACAGGGAGGUUGUAACUGUCCCCAGAGCUAGACUGUGCUCAGAAAAGGCCCCGUGUGUUCAUCUCCAAGUCAUCUUUCACACCUGAAUAAUCCUAACUCUGCCCUGUGGAGACAUCUUGGGGGCAGAAAGGAGAGAGGGGAGGUGUUUGGGACAGUUUGAGAGAACACGUCUGAUGUAAUAUUCAGUCUUGAAGAUCAGGUUGAUCUAAUCUGGAUCCAGAACACUAAUCUGCACCCGUACCAGGUGAAUGCUGUUGCUGAUGGCAGACGUAAGGUGGUUUUAGGGCCCAGCCUAUGCAUUUCCAGACCUCAAUGUGUCCAUAUUUCUUUUACUGACUCCAGAUUUCAGGCAUACACAGGCCUGCCUGUGAUGGGAGGUGCUGACAUUCUGCAGUUGGUGAUAACCACAUCCCUGUGAUGCUUCUCCCCUAAGACUGAUGACUGCUAUCACAGAGCUCAGCUGCUAGCUUAGGGCCACGGUGAGAGCACAGUGCAGGGCCUACCAGAACGUGGGUCGCGGACAUGUCUGGGCUUUAGGAGGACUCCUGGCAGCUGAAAGACAUCUUCUCCAGUGCAGUGACAGGCAAGCAGAGAACGGUCUGUUUCUGCUGGGAAGGAGCGGGCUGUGUCAGUAAGAGCUUCUCAGGACCAGGGCCUGGGCAGAUGCAAGGGUGCAGGUGUCCUGAGCAGGGGUCACAGCAGAGCCCAUCCAAGGCUGGCGUAGAGGGGUUUUCUGGUGUGUGCAGUAGAGUUGUGCGCGUGCUUAGCUCCUGGGAAAAUGCGCUGCUGAGUGUGUUGGGUGGCAGCAGCCUGACCCCUCUAUUCUUCUGGCUGCCAGGGGAACAGGUCUUCGCAGGGCUGGAGGAACAAGCCCGUCAGGCCAUGAUGAAAACGGACUUUCCUGGGGCACUUGGGGACCCGCGGCCAGCUAUCCACCAGCUGCAAGAUCACGACUCCAGCAGUAGUGACAGCGAUGAAGAGGAGACCACGCAGGAUGAAGCCUCUUCCCAUACCUCCGAGGAGGACAGAGCAGUGGUUAAAGUGAAAAAGGAACUGGAGAACACAGAGCAGCCUGUAGCCAGGACCCAACAUAUGGCAGAGAAUGAGGCAACAGAGAAUUUGAAUGCAGACCCCAUGCUGGGGCUGUCACAGUGCCCACUUUGCCAGCUGGAGUGUGGCAGCAGAGAGCAGCUCAUUGCUCACGUGUACCAGCACACAGCAGCUGUGGUCAGUGCCAAGAGCUACAUGUGUCCUGUGUGUGGCAGAGCCCUCAGCUCCCCAGGAUCCCUUGGGCGGCACCUGCUGAUCCACUCCGAGGACCAGCUGUCCAACUGUGCCGUGUGUGGGGCUCGCUUCACCACCCACGCCACCUUCCACAGUGAGAAGCUGCCAGAGGUGCUCAGUGCAGAUCACCUCCCCACCCCCCGUGCUGAGGGCCCCUCUGGUGCUGAGGGCAAAGACACUGCCUUCCACGGCCCUGUGUACCCUGCAGGCGUCCUCCUCGUGUGCAACAACUGUGCGGCCUACCGCAAGCUGCUGGAGGCGCAGGCCCCAGGCGUGCGCAAGUGGGCACUGCGACGGCAGAAUGAGCCCCUGGAGGUGCGGCUGCAGCGCCUGGAGCGGGAGCGCACGGCCAAGAAGAGCCGGCGCGACAAUGAGACGCCGGAGGAGCGCGAGGUGCGGCGCAUGCGUGAUCGCGAGGCCAAGCGGCUGCAGCGCAUGCAGGAGACAGACGAGCAGCGGGCACGGCGCUUGCAGCGGGACCGUGAGGCCAUGCGGCUGAAGCGUGCCAACGAGACCCCUGAGAAGCGGCAGGCGCGGCUCAUCCGGGAGCGUGAGGCCAAGCGGCUCAAGCGGCGCCUCGAGAAGAUGGACAUGAUGCUGCGGGCCCAGUUUGGCCAGGACUCCUCCGCCAUGGCGGCCUUGGCUGCCGAGAUGAACUUCUUCCAGCUGCCAGUGGGCAGCGUUGAGCUGGAGAGCCAGCUGCUGGGUAAGAUGGCUUUUGAGGAGCAGAGCAACAGCACCUUGCACUGAGGGCAGCCCAGGGACCGCGCCACUGCUGCACAAGCGCCAGCACCUUGCUCUGGGCAGCUCCAUGCCCUCAGGUGGCUCUGCGUGGGGCCUGGCUGCCCCUCCAGGGCCCAGGGACUGGCUCUGCCCUUGCCCAAGGGAGCAGUAUGGCACCAGGAGGUGUCUGCUUGGGCAGCACGGUUGGGCGUGGACUCUGGAGGCAGCCUGCCCUGGGGCCAAGCACAGCCUGUGAACAGAGGGAAAAAUAAAUUAAUUUUAUGUAUGAGUCCCCUUCA